AUCACGUGCUGGGCGGUCAGCUGACUCCCACUUCCGGGCUCGGUGUUUGUUGUGUUUCUGCUGAAUUCACGCCAUGAACGCCUCAGACAGCGAGGAGGACUCGUACAACGAGAGGUCGGCUCUGGUGGAGAGCCCCCCCCUCCCCUCCUACAGACCCGACCCCCCCAUCGACCCCCCCGACAAGAGGCCGGGGCUCAGCAGGAGGUCUGCCUCUCCGCAGGGGGUCCAGGGGGUCUCUGAGGAGGAGGAAGAGGAGGAGCUGACCCUAAAGUACGGAGCGAAGCAUGUGAUCAUGCUCUUCGUCCCGGUGACGCUCUGCAUGAUCGUCGUCGUGGCAACCAUCAAGUCCGUCAGCUUCUACACGGAGAAGACGGACCAGCAGCUGAUCUACACCCCCUUCUCAGAGAACGUGUCCUCGGUGGGCCGGCGCCUCCUGAACUCGGUUCUGAACACGAUCAUCAUGAUCAGCGUCAUCGUGGUGAUGACCGUGUUCCUGGUGCUGCUCUACAAGUACCGCUGCUACAAGUUUAUCCACGGCUGGCUGAUCCUCUCCUCUCUCAUGCUGCUCUUCUGGUUCAGCUUCAUGUACCUGGGAGAGGUGUUUAGGACCUACAACGUGGCGGUAGACUACCCCUCGGUGGGGCUGCUGAUCUGGAACUUCGGCGCAGUGGGCAUGGUGUGUAUCCACUGGAAGGGCCCUCUGCCUCUGCAACAGCUCUACCUCAUCCUCAUCAGCGCCCUCAUGGCCCUCGUCUUCAUCAAAUACCUCCCAGAGUGGUCCGCCUGGGUCAUCCUGGGGGCCAUCUCCAUCUACGACCUGGUGGCGGUGCUCUCUCCCAAAGGGCCUCUCCGCAUGCUGGUGGAGACGGCACAGGAGCGCAACGAGCCCAUCUUCCCCGCCCUCAUCUACUCCUCCGCCAUGAUGUGGACGGUGGGGAUGGCGAGCCCGGGCGACGCACACGAGACAGGUGACAUCACUACAGCAAGGCAUCAUGACGAGGAGGCGGAGCACAGCGGCGAGGGGGCGGAGCCUGAAGCCUGCAGAGCGAGGUCGAUAACAGAGGAAGAUCUGGAGGAGGACCGGGGGGUGAAGCUGGGUCUCGGGGACUUCAUCUUCUACAGUGUUCUGGUGGGGAAAGCUGCAGCGACGGGUGGAGACUGGAACACGACCAUCGCCUGCUUCGUGGCCAUCCUCAUCGGCCUGUGUCUCACGCUGCUGCUGCUGGCCAUCUUCAAGAAGGCGCUCCCGGCUCUUCCCAUCUCCAUCACCUUCGGACUGGUCUUCUACUUCUCCACUGACUUCCUGGUGCAGCCCUUCAUGGACAACCUGGCAUCCAAUCAGUUCUACAUCUGACAGGAAGUCCCGCUCACAUCUGACAGGAAGUCCCGCACAUCUGACAGGAAGUCCCGCUCACAUCUGACAGGAAGUCCCGCUCACAUCUGACAGGAAGUCCCGCACAUCUGACAGGAAGUCCCGCUCACAUCUGACAGGAAGUCCCGCUCACAUCUGACAGGAUGUCCCGCUCACAUCUGACAGGAAGUCCCGCUCACAUCUGACAGGAAGUCCCGCUCACAUCUGACAGGAAGUCCCGCUCACAUCUGACAGGAUGUCCCGCCCCCCUCGUCAGUGUUUCUGCAGAAGUUAGCGUCUGUAAUGGUCUCUGUUUUAUAUGAAAGUGAAUAUCUGAGACGGACUUUGGAAAUAUCUCCUGACGUUUUAGAGAAAUAUAAACAUUAAUAUUAUAGAGAAUAAUCUGCAGAUCAUUUCAAAGUAAAACCACGUUUCUGACUCUACCUUUUCUAACACUGAAGCUGAUUGUGAUGUUUCAAAUGAACUGUUAUUAAUCAUUUAGUUUCAUUAAAAUAAUUAUUUAAACUUUCAUUUCAAACCAGAAGAUUCUUCCAAAUGAAUAAAGAAUCGUUAAAACAUGUCA